AUGAGAAAAGUUCCAUACGCAUCUGCAGUUGGAAGUCUGAUGUAUGCCAUGUUGUGUACUAGACCAGAUAUCUGCUAUGCAGUGGGAGUAGUGAGCAGGUAUCAGUCAAACCCAGGACCGGAACAUUGGAUAGCAGUUAAGCAUAUCCUGAAGUAUUUGAGACGGACUAGGGAUUAUAUGUUAGUCUAUAAGGGUGGUGUUCUGAACCCUGUAGGCUACACCGAUUCAGAUUUUCAGACUGAUGUCGAUGACAGGAAGUCUACUUCUGGAAUGGUGUUUACUCUUGGGGGCGGAGCUGUGAUUUGGAGAAGCGUAAAGCAGUCUGCAAUCUCAGAUUCCACCAUGGAGGCUGAGUACAUAGCCGCGUCAGAAGCAGCUAAGGAAAUAGUCUGGCUAAAGAAGUUCUAUUCGGAUCUUGGUGUUAUUCCAGAAAUGGAUAAACCGCUUGUGUACUGUAUUAUGUAUAUCUAA